AAAGUCUUGUGGUGCCACGCAAACACACUUCCAUUUUCGCACAAAGUCAGCUUUUUAAAAAAAUCUCUCUCUCUUUGUAGGGUUAGGGUUUUCUUAAGCGUGUUAUAUUUGAAGGAGAUCAAAUAUGAUGGUGGAGGCAGUCCCCAUUUUUUAUUUUAAUUCAUUCUCUCUUCACUUGUUCAGCUCAAUCAUGGCUUAAUUCUCCUCCUCUCCGGUGGCGGUCCUGGUAUGGAAAUGUAUAAUGUUCCUGAACAAGGACAUGCAGGUGCUUAUAUGAUUCAAGGAGCAGAGCCAGCGCAGAUCACCAGUCCGCUGCUUCAAAAUUUUGAAACUAUGUUCAAUGAAGGAGUGCCCGAGUUUGUUGUUGAUCAGGGAUUAUAUUAUCCUACUACCACCAAUUACAGUUACCUCUGUACAGGAUUUGAAUCUCCCAGCGACUGGGAUGACCACCAAAGAAUUUUUGGUCUGGAUGGUCAAGAUAUUCAGUAUAUGGGUGCACCAAAUGAAAAUCUCCCAUAUAUGUAUUAUACACCUAACUAUGAAUAUGCAGAGUCUGCAUAUAACCCGUAUAACCCUUACAUCCCUGGUGCUGUAGUAGGAGUUGAUGCCUUAUAUUUAGGGGCACAACAGUACUAUACUAUCUCCACUUAUGAAAACAAUGUGUCUUCGCCUUCGUACUUCCCGGUUGUGCUACCAAAUACAUCUGAUGUUAUGGUAAACAGAGCAGACACGGUAAUUGAGAGUAAUAUAUCUGCUGCUAAUAGAGCUGAUGGUUCUCGUCUCAAGCAUAAUUUGUCUUCAGCAUCUCCAAUCUUCACCCCAUCUCUGUUACGGCCAGCUUCUGGUCAUAAUAACUUUAACAGGGGAUCUGAAAGUGCAAAAUAUAAUGCUAGAUCAGACAAGCAGCCCGUGAUGCAUGGAAAUAUUGCUUCUGAUCGGUUUUCCAUUCGCCCCUCGGAAGGUAAAGUUUCUCAAGCUACAAGAAGUGUUGGGCAUGGGAAGGCGUUGUCUAAUCAUGUUCAACUGAGAGCUUCUGUUCCUUCGAGUAACGACUCGUCUCAUCUUGGAUCUGGUGCUCAUGACCGGGUUAGCGCAGGAAAAGGUGGCCUUCUGUAUGGGAGAGUGCCAAAUGAUGUGAAGGUUAGUCCUGAUUCAUUGAAUGAGCAGAAUCGUGGACCUAGGACCAAUAGAUCAAAAAAUCAAUUGGUUGUUAAAGCCUACACGUCAAGAGCAGGAAACGUUGAUGCACAAGGGAAUAUUGUUAUUCAUGCUGAUGAGUAUAAUAGAGACAAUUUUCAGUUGGAUCUUCUGAAUGCCAAGUUCUUUGUUAUUAAAUCAUACAGUGAGGAUGAUGUGCAUAAGAGUAUAAAGUACAACGUUUGGUCUUCUACGCCGAAUGGAAAUAAAAAGCUCAAUAGCGCUUUUGAAGAUGCUCAGAGAGUUCCUGCUGGAGAUCCAAGAGGCUGCCCAGUAUUUCUCUUUUUCUCGGUAAAUGCAAGUGGGCAGUUUUGUGGCGUUGCGGAAAUGACUGGCCCUGUCAACUUCUAUAAGGACAUGGAUUUUUGGCAGCAAGAUAAGUGGAGUGGUAGCUUCCCUGUGAAGUGGCACAUCAUAAAGGAUGUCCCAAACCCUAACUUUAGGCAUAUUAUAUUAGAGAACAAUGAGAACAAGCCAGUAACUAACAGCAGGGACACACAAGAGAUACACUGCAAGAAAGGCAUUGAGAUGCUGAAAGUGUUUAAGAAUUAUGCAUCAGGGACAUCUUUAUUAGAUGACUUCAUGUAUUAUGAAACUAGACAGAAGUUCCUGCAGGAAGAGAAAGCGAAGCUGCUAAUGAGGAGCUAUGAAAAUCCAUUUUUUGUGCCUGUAUUAGAUCCUCCACGCAAGCUAAAUUCUAUUUUUGAUUUCCCUUCGAGUGAAGGUGAGACGAUAUCUAAGCACAAUGAUUCCGAACACACUGAAAAUUGUGUGGUUCCUGCAGAACUGGAUUUUAUAGAUUCCAAAACCAACAAAAAGAAUGCAAGUGAUGGUGACAAAUUCAUGGUAGAUGAAGAUCGCAAUACUGAGAGUGCAUUGAGGAUUGCUUCCUUAACAAUCAAUCCGAAGGACGUGAAAUCUCAGACGCCAGAGGCUGAAUGCACUGCUGCUGUCACUCUGGCAAGUGCCGAGUCAGUUGAUGUUGUCACUGUGGGUUCUAUGCCAGUAAAAGUUAAUGGAUUUGCUGAAUCUUCUGGUUUUAUAUCGAUUGGAACAAUUCCACUAGACCCUAGAGCUCUCCAGCGUGACUGAAGCAAGUGGAUCUGGAAAAAUUGUACCCAAGUGAUGCAAGCGUGAAGUCCAAAAGCACUGAACAGAGUUAUUUUCAAGCUGUGUAUUAUAGUUGGUCUGUUCAUAGUUGAUCUGCAAUCUCUUUUCUUAGGAAUGUCAUGGUCAUUUCUCUUUUCACCAAGGGCGUGGUUGAGGUUCUAAUUUGGAGGUUAUAUUGGGGUUGGAUGGUUGGUAGUUUUUGCUUUAAAUUCAAUGUAAGUUGUCCCUUUUAUCAUUUUGUUUUAACAAUUACAGGAUAUGAAAUACUGUCCUCAUCGUUAAGAGGAAACAAAGAAAAAUAGAUAAAUGCUCAGCGCAGUUGUUUUUCCUUUA